AUAACACAUUCAUUCAUAUCCCAACCUUUGAACCUCUUUCUAAAUUCUUGAAGUGAUUCCCAAUUUUCUUUUUUGUUUAUUGUUUAGUUUUAUAUAUAGAGAGAGGAUUUUAAUUCGAUGGAGAGUGCGAAUUCUUGUACGAAAUCGUCGCAUCCUUCGUUACCUCCGGGAUUUCGGUUUCAUCCAACGGAUGAAGAACUAGUGGUUCAUUAUCUUAAGAAGAAAGUUGCGUCCAUUCCGCUUCCAGUCUCGAUCAUUGCCGAGGUUGAUCUCUACAAGUUCGAUCCGUGGGAGCUUCCAUGCAAGGCAACAUUUGGAGAACAGGAGUGGUAUUUCUUCAGCCCUAGAGACAGAAAGUACCCGAACGGAGCUAGACCGAACCGGGCUGCGACGUCCGGUUAUUGGAAAGCCACCGGAACCGACAAACCGAUUUUAACGUCUAAUAGCCACCACAAGGUCGGUGUGAAGAAGGCCCUUGUUUUCUAUGGAGGCAAACCUCCCAAAGGCAUCAAAACCAAUUGGAUCAUGCACGAAUACCGCCUUAUCGAUGGCGACGUUCCCAACUCCAAACCCGACCUAUCGUCCUCUAAGAAAUCCUCAUUGCGGCUUGACGAUUGGGUCCUAUGCCGAAUUUACAAGAAAAACACGUCACAUAGACCAAUGGACCAAAGAGCAGGAGAGGAUCUAAUGGAUGGCAUGAUAGCAACAGUUCAAAAUCUUCAUCACCAAAACCAAAAAUCGUCGGCGAAUUCAUCCUCGUCGGUGCUAGACAACAACGAGGAACAACAUUUCUUCAUGGACUGCAGUACUAUGGUGGUAUCUUCAAGCUCAAAUGGGUCGGACCAUCUUCCCUUGAUCAAGCGUAAUAAUCCCACGCUGUCUAAUAACGAUCAUCAGUAUUGGAUUAGUGACACUAAUUCCGGGUCUUUUGGAUCGUCUUCCUUACAAAACAAGAGGUUUCAUGGAGAUCUCAACAAUGGCGUCGACAACAACAACAACAGCAUCGAAGAAGAAGACAACGACAACAACAACAGCAACAACAACAACUCUUUUGUGUCUCUACUUCGUGAGAUUCCUCAGAAUUCAGGGUUUCAUGGAAAUGGAGUUAUCGAUUCGUCUCUUGCUGACCAUCAUCAUCAUGGAGUUUUAAGACAGGCGUUUCAGCUUCCCAACAUUAAUUGGACCUCAUAAUGCAUGCAUAUAUACAUAUACACACUUACAAAUAUAGAUGCGUGCAUGCAUAUAUACAAUACUUAUAUUUUGCUGAUCUUGUAUAUCUAUAUUUUUCUUUUUCUUUUCUCGGCUAUAAAAAGAAAUGCAUAUAUACAUAUAUACCUAUACAUAUGUUUUCUUGUACGUGGUAUACACAUGUAAUAUAUAUACACACACCCACAUAGGUUUACUACAACUAUGACUAUCACCUCCACCGAAUAAUUGAAGUGGAACAAAGGCUAUUUUGCAUUUUUCAUUUGUCUUUUUUCCCUUCCACUUUUAAUCGAAAGUGUAACACAGAAAACGUUACUCUCUCUCUCUCUGUAUCCAUGAAAUAUUUCAUGCAAAUUUAAGUUUACAUAAUUAAUUAAUUAA